AUGUCUCUCCGUCUCACACUCAUCGUGAGCUUAAUGAGUUCAUCAGGCUCAGAGUUCAUGACCAAGGAGCAGGUAGAGGGGGGAGGACUGGGGAGGGGUGGGACACCGGGGAGGGGUACACCGGGGAGGGGUGGGACACCGGGGAGGGGGGGGGACACCGGGAGGGGGGGGGACACCGGGGAGGGGUGGGACACCGGGGAGGGGGGAGGACUGGGAGGGGUGGGACACGGGGGGGGGGGACACCGGGGAGGGGUGGGACACCGGGGAGGGGUGGGACACCGGGGAGGGGUGGGACACCGGGGAGGGGGGGACACCGGGGAGGGGGGGGACACCGGGGAGGGGGGAGGACUGGGGGGGAGAAGGGCAGCUCUGUGUGUGCUGAUGAAAUCUGCCGGCCUCAGCACACUGCCGCAAAGAAAUCGGAUUAGUGCUCCGCCGGGACAGGACCGCGGGAAUGCAGAUACGGCCCCCAGCGAGGCCCCACGUGGAGAGAGAGACACAUCUCAGAGGGCGAUCAAAAAAGGCUUUGAAUUCUUUGUAUUUGAGAAUGACUCGUGA